CCUAUCUCUCUUCUGAUUGAACAGUCAGAAUCAACCCGACCGCAUGACGUCAGGCCGGGCAGUUGACCAAUGGGAUGUUAGCCAUGUGGGCAGGUCCCGGCGGGGUUUCAGCGCCGAGGUUGAGGGCGGGUGGAGCUGUUCAUUGCUGGAAAAUGGACUUCACAGAGGCCUACUCUGAUACCUGUUCAGCAGCUGGACUUGCUGCACGAGAGGGAAAUGUAGAACUUUUGAAAGCAUUGAUUAAAAAAGGUCACAGCCUUGAUAUUGCAGACAACCGUGGUUGGUAUCCAAUCCAUGAAGCUGCGUCGCACACAACCUUGAAAUGCUUGAGGCUUUUACUACAUAAAGCUUCACUGACAUCAGGUGUUGAAUUGAAAACUUACGAAGGAGAAACAGCUCUUCAUCUUGCUGCUAAACAUGGUCAUUUGAAAAUUGUCCAGAUUCUGCUGCAGGCAGGAGCAAAUCCGAAUGCUGUCACUAAUGAGAAUGUAACACCACUUUUUUUAGCGGCAGAGAAGGGCCACAUAGCUAUUGUAAGAACACUAUUAAAGAAUGAAGCAAGGAUUAAUGGAGCCCAUUCUGCAUGUUUAUGGAGUCUUGUGCACCAGGCUGCUUAUCAGGGACACUUGGAUGUGUUGAAGUUCCUACUCGAAAAAGGGGCUGAUAAAGAAUCCAAGGAUGAUUAUGGAAUUACACCAUUGUUUCUCGCUGCUCAGUAUGGAAAAGUGGAAAGUUUAAGAACCCUUAUACAACAUGGCAGUAAUGUUAAUUGCCAGGCUUAUGAUAAGGCCACACCAUUGUUCAUAGCAGCUCAGGAAGGCCAUGUGGAAUGUGUUGAAGUACUGCUGUCACACGGGGUUGAUGCAAACCUUUACUGCAAUGAAGAUGAUUGGCAGUUACCUAUUCAUGCUGCUGCCCAGAUGGGUCAAGUCAAAGUUCUGGAAUUCUUAAUACCAAUCACUGAUCGAAUCUGCGAUAAAGGGACAGACAAGGUGAGCCCCGUCUAUUCCGCAGUGUAUGGAGGACAGCAAGAAUGCUUGAAAAUGUUGCUGCAAUCUGGUUACAGUCCAGAUGCCCAAGAGUGUCCAUUGUAUGAGUGCCUAUCACCGUUGUGCAUGGCUUUCUCUCAGAGAUUUUUUGCAAUUAUUUACAUGCUCCUUAAGGCUGGAGCUGUUAUAACAGGACUUCAUUAUUGUUAUUGCCUGCAAUACCAGUGCUUCCAUUUGCUGCGGUUUCUUCUGGAACAAGGUUACCCAUUACCAUCAGGUGCUCAUUUAGCAGGCAUUGUAAAAUAUGGAUUAUUAUCAGAACAACAGUUUAAACAAUGGUUACCUCACUUAUUAUUGGCUGGAUUGGAUCCUUUGGAUUUGCUCACUGAAGCUUGGUUAAAUACAGCCGGUGACAGAAUGCUUCAUUUUGUACUGGAGUUUACAAACUGGAAGAGGCUUCCUCUGUCAGUGGAUCAGAUUAUUUUCUGUCGCAAUGCAAGCUCCACUUGCGUUGAGCAGCAACAUUUUGAUGAAAUUCCUCCAUUGGCUCACCUCAGUCGUUUAAAAAUUCGAUCAGCACUGGAAAGUGAACAACUUCGUUCUGACCAACGUAUUCGCCAGUUACCACUCCCAUCUUGUCUGCAUGAUUUUCUGCUUUAUAAGGACGUGUUAAAAUUGUAUGGCAUUCCUGAAAUUUCAGAGAAUCAAGAAGAACUGAAAACAGUAAUUAGUUCCAUUAAAAAUUUGGAAAAUUGAACAAAAACGGCAGAUGUGGAAGGUAAUAGAUAAAGCGUGGAUGAUUUAGAUGUUGUGAACUGGCACUUGCUCAGUUAUUAGAUUGGACUUGCUCAAGUGUUUAGUUUGGGAUCUGCCAUUGCUGGUUUUGAAAGAUACUACAGGAUUUUAAUCAAAUUUUGUAGGAGCUACUCUUAAAAUCUGUCCCACAAAAUACUUUUCUCCACUAUUUUCUUUUACUCCACACGGAAACAUAUUUGUAAAUAUAGAAAAGUACAGCAACUGAAUGCGUCAUUUGGCUCACCAUGUCGGUGCUGAUCUUGAUGCUAAAAUAAAUGAAUCCUAUCUUUCUGCAA